AAUUACUUCCCAGACCUCAAGAGCGAUGAAAAUCCUUUUCCAUUAGGCCUGCCGUCGACCGCAAUAUGUAUAGUCUAUGCCGAAUCCUCAUCGCUCUCUAAACUCACGUUUCUCGAAACACACUUCCUGAGUACCGUCACUCCAAGCUGCAUCAUAUUGAGCUCGCCAUGAAGCGAAGUGGCGAGUCGAACGAGCACGAGUGCCUUGCACAAUUUGGCGGGGAAAACACGAAGGUGCUUAAAGUAACCAGAAGCACGUCUCAACCUCUCGAAGCCGAGCCUUGCCCGACGCCAUCAGAGGAAUUGGGAGGCGUGCUGAAAAGUGACGAUAUACCAAAGACGGCAGAGAAAGUCAUAGAAAAGACGAAAUAUCAUAGGGAAGUAUUGUAUAGCUAGGUACUGGUGUGUACGGCCCUUGUCUGAAAUGGGAGAAAUGGGUGGCAGAUUAUUCAUACCGGAAAACCACGCAGCGCACCGAUCGGUUGGCAGCAAUGGCAGGCGUGAUUCAGUACUUCGCCCGGGAGACAAAUUGGACGCCAGCUUUAGGACUGUGGAAAGAGGAUUUCGCUGCUUCAUUACUUUGGUCGCAUGACGAAAAGCUAAAUACAACAUCAACACGGGUUGACAGCUCCGUCUUCUAUAUGCCAACUCGGUCCUGGCUGUCUCUGAUCAAAGGCGUCAAUUACGAUCAUCCGGGCAGACAUCGUCGCUACACGGCUCGAGUCCCUACUAUACCUGCGAUCAACUUCGACCUUCGCUGCGACUGGGAAGGCCCAGAGUUGACGGGACGACUCGUUCGUGCAGAUCUCGAGAUCACUGGAGUACUCGAGAUCGUGAAAGUGACCUCCCGCAAUGAAUCAGACGCACUACAAUGCUCCCUGGUCAACGGAACGGGCCCCCUGGAAGACGUUUUGAUUGAUACACAGAAUGAUUUGGCCGAUUUGCUUCGGCCGGGGGCGACUGCUACACUUUUGCAAAUCUGUGUGUAUCACUCAAAGCACUGGUCCACAUGGAGGGACGGCUUGCUCCUAAAACGAGUGGGAAAGGCCGGAAACAUUCAAACAUUCGAAAGAAUCGGCAUUGGCAGCAUUCGAGACAGGCUCCUCGAAGACGGCACCUCACAUGCUUUCCGCGGACAUCCAGAGACUAUCAAACUUCUGUAGAGUGACUUAAUGUGCUCAGAAAUCCACCGUACACACCAGUACCUAGCUAUACAAUACUUCCCUAUGAUACUUCGUCUUUUCUAUGACUUUCUCUGCAAACGUUUUCACUUC